CCGUGAACGUUUUUUGGUCGGGGCUUCCGAAUAUGUUUUAUGACGGUUGAUUUUACACCAGGAGGUUUGUCUCCGAGGAAGACCCAGGGAAUUGGAUAUCUAGCGAGAACUUCCUACGGAUUGCCCGGCGCCUCGGUAAAAUGGGAGCUGCUGCAAAGUUGGCGUUUGCCGUCUUUCUUAUCUCUUGUUCUUCAGGUGCUAUACUUGGAAGAUCAGAAACUCAGGAGUGUGUUUUCUAUAAUGCUAAUUGGGAAAGAGAUAGAACCAAUCAAACUGGUGUUGAACCUUGUUAUGGUGACAAAGAUAAACGGCGACAUUGUUUUGCUACAUGGAAGAAUAUUUCUGGUUCCAUUGAAAUAGUAAAGAAAGGGUGUUGGCUGGAUGAUAUCAACUGUUAUGACAGGACUGAUUGUAUAGAAAAAAAAGACAGCCCUGAAGUAUAUUUUUGUUGCUGUGAGGGCAAUAUGUGUAACGAAAAGUUUUCUUAUUUUCCGGAGAUGGAAGUCACACAGCCUACUUCAAAUCCAGUUACACCUAAGCCACCUUACUACAACAUCUUGCUCUUUUCCUUGGUGCCACUUAUGUUAAUUGCUGGGAUUGUCAUUUGUGGGUUUUGGGUAUACAGGCAUCACAAAAUGGCAUACCCUCCUGUACUUGUUCCUACUCAAGAUCCAGGACCACCUCCACCUUCUCCAUUACUAGGUUUGAAGCCACUGCAGUUAUUAGAAGUUAAAGCAAGGGGAAGAUUUGGUUGUGUCUGGAAAGCCCAGUUGCUCAAUGAAUAUGUGGCUGUCAAAAUAUUUCCAAUACAGGACAAACAAUCAUGGCAAAAUGAAUAUGAAGUCUAUAGUUUGCCUGGAAUGAAGCAUGAGAAUAUAUUGCAGUUUAUUGGUGCAGAAAAACGAGGCACCAGUGUUGAUGUGGAUCUCUGGCUAAUCACAGCAUUUCAUGAAAGGGGUUCACUGUCAGACUUUCUUAAGGCUAAUGUGGUCUCUUGGAAUGAAUUGUGUCAUAUUGCAGAAACCAUGGCUAGAGGAUUGGCAUAUUUACAUGAGGAUAUACCUGGCCUAAAAGAUGGCCACAAACCCGCCAUAUCUCACAGGGACAUCAAAAGUAAAAAUGUGCUGCUGAAAAACAAUUUGACAGCUUGUAUUGCUGACUUUGGGUUGGCGUUAAAGUUUGAGGCUGGCAAGUCUGCAGGUGAUACCCAUGGACAGGUUGGUACUAGGAGGUAUAUGGCUCCAGAGGUAUUAGAGGGUGCUAUAAACUUCCAAAGAGAUGCAUUUUUGAGAAUAGAUAUGUAUGCUGUGGGAUUAGUCCUGUGGGAAUUGGCUUCUCGCUGUACUGCUGCAGAUGGACCUGUGGAUGAAUACAUGUUGCCAUUUGAAGAGGAAAUUGGCCAGCAUCCAUCUCUUGAAGACAUGCAGGAAGUUGUUGUGCAUAAAAAAAAGAGGCCUGUUUUAAGAGAUUAUUGGCAGAAACACGCUGGGAUGGCAAUGCUCUGUGAAACAAUAGAAGAAUGCUGGGAUCAUGAUGCGGAAGCCAGAUUGUCAGCUGGAUGUGUAGGAGAAAGAAUUACUCAGAUGCAAAGACUAACAAAUAUCAUUACCACAGAGGACAUUGUAACAGUGGUCACAAUGGUGACAAAUGUUGACUUUCCUCCCAAAGAAUCUAGUCUAUGAUAGUUGCACCAUUGUACACUGAGAACAGGACUUGAACUGGAGCUGCUAAGCUAGUAAAACUGCUUACGGUUUAUUUUCUGUGUGAAAUGAGUAGGUCGUCUCUUGGAAAUGUCGGAAAGAAGACCCUUGUUUAAAAAUGUCGCUCUGGGAGACUUCCUGAAUUGCCUACAGCACAGAUGUGAAGGACCUGAGACUGAGAGAGAAGUUAUGAACUCUAUAAAGAAACUUUUGAAAGUGUACAUGAAGAAUGUGGCCCUUUCCAAAUCAUAAGGAUCUUUUGGACCUGGCUAAUCAAGUGUUUGAAAACUGACAGCAGAUUUCUUAAUGUUUGUCAGAAGACACUAAUUCCUUAAAUGAACUACUGCUAUUUUUUUUUAAAUCAAAAACUUUUCAUUUCAGAUUUUAAAAAGGGUAACUUGUUUUUAUUGCAUUUGCUGUUGUGUUUCUAUAAAUGACUAUUGUAAUGCCAAUAUGACACAGCUUGUGAAUGUUUAGUGUGCUGCUGUUCUGUGUACAUAAAAAAAGUCAUCAAAGUGGGGUACAGUAAAGAGGCUUCCAAGCAUUACUUUAACCUCCCUCAACAAGGUAUACCUCAGUUCCACGGUUGCUAAAUUAUAAAAUUGAAAACACUAACACAAUUUGAAUAAUAAUAAAUUGAUUCAUGUUUUGUUAACAAGGUAUUACAAAUUCACUGUGUUAUUUUAAGAAAAAAAGGUAAGCUAUGCUCAGUGCCAACACUAAGUGGCCAUUUGUGUAAAGCAGUGUUUUAACUUUUCUUGUGCUAGCCUGUAAUUUAAGAAAAAGUGAUUUUUGAAAUGAGAAAGUGGUGUCAUUUCCCCCUUCUGCCCUUGUUUUAAAGCUUCAUCUUACAUCCAGUUCCCAAAAUAUUGCAUUUACCUAUUUUUUUUUUUUUAGGUGUGCUGUGUUUGGGAAUAUUUGAAGCAUGAUUUAAAUUUUUUUAAGUGAGCUGUGACACUGGAAAGCUCUUCAUUUUUAUUGUUUUAAAAUAGAUGUUUCCUAUUUAUAUAUGUAAAAUUGUAGUGUAUUUCUUUACACCAAACAGUGUGUGGGACAUUCUUUAUCACUGUUUUAGGAUCACCUCAGGAAGUGUCAUUACCCAGAACUACUCACUCUGCUUUGAGAUUUGUAACUUUAUCACUAUACUUCUGCUUGGUGCCAUCUUGUGAGAGUAAUAGAUGAUGUCUGUGAUCUGUAAAGAACUAUCCCAGGACAGAGAUUUUGAAUUUUAAGCACAGAUUUCAGAUGUUACUGCUUUAAAACAAAUCAGGGAUAACAAGUUAAGACAUAACUUAAAAUAUGCAACAACAUUUAGAGGUAACAAUGUUGAUGUAGGUAACAUAGCCUAGCCUCCUUCCCCAGAUGGCUUUCACAACUAACUCUGAUAUUAAUUUAGGAGAGUUCAUGCCUUAUCCUUGCUAAGAAAAUGGAAGUGAUGAUAGGUGCCAAAGUACUUUAUCAAAACAAUAUUACAUUAGAAUACAAUUGGAUUCUUCCUCAAAUUUAUAUAGGCCAAAGUAAAACAUCAAUUUCCUGAAUUUCUAGAUUACAUAUUAGGUCAGUACUUUUGUCAGGCUGUUUGUUUGUAAAUCCAUACAUUAAUUUUAUAUAAGAAUUUUUUACAUGUCACUAUCAGGAGCUCACUGUGAAUGUGUUAUCGUCAAAUGGUUAUUUAACCACACAAUACACUGCAUUUUACACUUAAUCUCUGGGAAUAAUAAGUUAUAUAUUAUUUACUGUAAGUAUAGGUCCACAGACUAAGGGAGGGAAAGGAGGAUAAUAGUAUUGUCUGUGUGUCACACACCAAACAGAACUAUAUGUGCUCUUGGUCACGUAUGUACCCAAGGUUUCAUUGUAUUCCUAAGAAUUCCCAUUUCAAUGUUGAAUUCACCUCUUUAUUUCAAAAAGUACUUGGCUUCUCAAUUUCUUGAUUUGCUUUGCUUCCAUUUUGAAACAAAUCAAGAAUAUAUUGAGAAAUGUGCAUACAUGAAAAUGGUUCACCUCCUGAAGAUUAAUUCCUACUGUUUAAACAUUUAAUUCUCUUUUUAAAAGUUAAAAAAUGAAAACAAGGGAUAUUAAAAUGAAUAUGUUUGGCUUACAUGAACACUAGAGGUAAAUUUUAUAAAACCAGUUAUUCACAACAUAAAAUGUUUUUUUCUGUGUUAGAAAGUUUUUAGAAAUUCUGGAUAUUAUACUUAACUCUAGGUAAACAAUUUUAAAACUUGUAUCCUUUUGAGAACUAUGUUAAUAGAAAAAUACUUCUUAAUAAGCAGUAAAAUAAGAAAGUUCCAGUGACUACCUGUCCUGAUACCUAGUCUUGUUAAAACUUUCUUUUGCAGGGCAUUUUAGUGUUUGGUUUACAGUCAGUGCAGAGAGGGCAAGUCAUAAGUUUGAGCUAGGGAUAUUGGGAAAAAAGAUUGAAAAAUGAGAAAAAUGGUGGUUUCAGGGUAAAUUGAGACCCUAAUAACUUUUUCCUCAUGUGUAUGGUGCUCUUUAUGAUUAGUCUUGUAUUUUGCCUUUCUGAUACCCAUCAGAACUGCUGCUCUAACUUAUAUUUUUUACCUUGCCCAGAUCUUCGUGUGAGGAUUGCUUUAUGAUCAACUGCCAUAGGACUGAUGGAUUAACCAGUGUUUGGCUUUAUUCGAAGUCUAUGCCCUGCACAGCUCUUGUAUGUAUAUUAUAUGCUAGGAGGUUUUAGCAUGUGAUGUGUGAUUCUUGUUUGAAUGUUUAUUACAGGUACCUUAUGAAUCAUAUUUCAGAACAGAGACUGUGCCUCACAAUUGUUGGUCCCAUGAACUUGCACUGUCACUCAUGGUGACAUUUUGAAAGUACAAUCAGGAAAACCCCCCCAACACCUUUGGAAUUUAGAAAUAGGAUCAUAUGUCAUGAAUUAAAAAAGAAUUUCUCCUUCCCCUCUUCCUUACCCUUAACUAAAAUCUACAUUUAAGUAAAAUGCAGGUGUAGGGGGAAAAGUCUUUGCCGGAUGGUAGUCUAGUGGAAUUAACUGAUUACUGUUUAAAAAAAAAAAAAAAAGCUUCACACAGAUAUUUUCCAGUUUCUCUUUUUUACCUUUUUUAAAAAUUACUUUUUAGGAACAUUUGGUAUAAUGUGCAGAAAAUUACCAGUUUAUGGGCAAAAUGAUAUAAGUAGCAUCUCGACUGAACAUCAUUUACCUCAGAUAUGCAACCAGCAGUACGUUUUUUAUGCAGUCUCAACCCAUAUCCUAUUUGUUACCUCUCAAGAUAUUGGUAAGCAGUUAUUUUAGCUUUACUCUGUAUUUCUUGUCAGUGUUUUGGGCACAGGUGUUGUACUACUGUCAAAUUGUACUUGCUGUUUUUUCUGCAAGUAUUUAACAAAAAGCUUAAAAAAAAAUCCCCUUAAAACCCCACCUUGGAUAAGUGAUUGUUAAAUAUUGUACAAAUAAAAUGUAUACUAUUCCCAUUCCAUCCCCAAUUUAAAUAAAUAAAUGAAUACGGUAUGAGUUGCACAUGCAGUCUUUCUUUAGCUCUACAUUCUUAAAGAAAGAGGGGCCUAGUAGCUUUUGUAAUCUACAUGAGACUUACACAUUGAGAUUUUCAAGAAUGGGGAUAGUGGUG